UAGGGAUCGAAUGAUUGAUAGCAAAUAAAGAGAAAGAGAAAGGCAGCCUCAAGAGUUUUUUUAUUUUUAUUGGGGCUCUGUUUGAUCUCUGUUUUCUUCUUUGCCUCAUCAACAAUCAUAAUACGCAAUUCUUUCUCUCUUGACUAUUUUUGUCAGUUCAGGGAGAAAUGACUUCAGAGAGGGAUCAAAACAAGAAUCGAGAGAGGGACAGUGAGAAGCUUUGGGAGCAUUCUUCCCCGGAGAGAACGACAAUGUACCAAUUCAAACGGCACAUCUCGGAAAAAUACUCACGAGAGUUCUCCGGUGAGGAAGACAAGUUCAAUUCCUUAUGGGCAUGGUCGGUCGACGAGAUUGAGAGCUUCUGGAGCGAAAUUUGGAAUUAUACGGGGAUUAAAGCUACUAAACGGUUUGAGUCCGUCGUAGAUGUGAAUUUAGGAAUGUUCCCAAGACCGGCCUGGUUUUCAGGAGCUCUCCUUAAUUUCGCCCAGAACCUGCUCUUCCCACAGCUACGCGACAACGGCGGCGACGCGGUCGACGAGAACGCCAUCGCGGUCAUUGCCGCAACAGAGGGGACAGAACGGGAACAUGUCACUUGGAAAGAGCUCCGCGAACGUGUGCGUGUUUGUGCGGCGGCUCUGAAACGGAGGGUUAAGAAGGGUGAUAUAGUGGCAGGGUACGUCGCGAAUCAUACGAAUGCUUUGGUAGCUAUGCUUGCUUCUACAUCUUUGGGAUGUGUGUGGACAGGGAUUAGUCCUGAUCAUGGGACUACCGCUGUGCUUGACCGUCUGGUUCAAUUGGAACCUAGGGUGCUUUUUGCGGAUUCUGGUGUGCUUUACAAUGGCAAAAUACAUGAGGCUAUGCCAAAACUGGGUGAAAUCGUUGCCGCCCUUUUGAAAUUGGAGACUGUAGUGGUUUUCCACACUUUUGGGCUAAAAAUUGGCGUCCAAAGUAUCAAGCCGAAGGGGCGGGGCGAGUGCCAGGUUUGGCAAUAUGAGGAUUUUACGCAGCAGACGGCAGACCAAGACUGUCCGUUGGAGUUUUUGCAAUUGCCUCCUGACACCCCUGUUUAUGUUUUAUUUUCUUCAGGGACCACCGGAAAGCCCAAGUGCAUUUGCCAUGGAGCUAUUGGGACUCUAAUACAGCAUAAGAAGGAACAUAUGAUUCAUUGCGAUGUUGGGCCCGGGUCGGUCUUCUUUCAAUUCACCACUGUUACUUGGAUGAUGUGGCAUUGGCUUGCCUCUCAUAGGAGAAGGGGGAAAUCUGGCAAUGAACAGAGCAAAGUAUACCCGAAGGACAAAUAUCCCAUGAAAAGCCUCAAGGCAAUAUAUUCUACUGCAUCGGUGCUUGCGCCGUCCACAUUUGAAUAUGUUUAUAGUGCGUUUGGGCCAGACCUCAACCUUGGCUCUAUUACCGGGGGCACGGACAUCAUCUCGUUGUUUGGUGCGCCCUCACCUCUCGUUCCAGUAUUCAGCGGCGAAAUCCAAUGUUUGGGUCUGGGAAUGAAAGUGGAAGCCUGGGAUGGCAGCAGAAACAAUGUCGAGGGCUCUGGCGAAAUAGGGGAUCUUGUAUGUGUCAAGCCGUUCCCUUGCAUGCCGGUCAAAUUCUGGGGAAAUGAUGGCGAGGCCGUUUACAAGAAGUCGUAUUUUGAAGAAUUCCCUGGCGUAUGGCACCACGGUGACUUUAUUAAAAUAAAUCCUAAAACACGAGGCUUCCAAGUGCUCGGCCGAAGCGAUGCAGUCCUCAAACCGGCGGGUGUAAGAAUUGGCUCGGCAGAGAUUUACAAUGUCCUCCUAGCCAGCUUCCCUACCCAAUUCGAGGACGCAGUCUGCGUUGGCCGCCGCCGCGCGAGCGACGUAGACGAGCACGUAGUUCUCUUCGUAAAAAUGUCCUCUGGCGCACUCCUUACUCCCCAAUUAGUCGCUACGGUAAAGAGCACGAUCCGCCGCGAGCUCAGCGCAAGACACGUCCCUGCCUCCAUAGACGCGACACCGGAAAUCCCUGUCACAACCAAUGGGAAGAAGGUGGAAGUCGCAGUGAAGCAGAUUGUCAGCGGGAUCAACCUCAGGGUUAGCGCCAGCGUUGCGAACGUGGAGAGUUUGGAGUGGUUUAGGCGGUGGGCAGCGGAGAAUUGAGUGGUACCUGUUAUGUGCGGUGGAGUUGUUGAUGUAUUAACAAAUCAACCGGGGAAAUGGCGUGUGUCUCUUGUGCUCAGUGGUGGGGUCUGAUUUAGAUGUUGUUUUGCGGACCAUAGCAAAAUAUUCACAGCAAAGUCAAGAAUGAGAUCAUGAUAUAUCACU